CAGCAGGGGCAGGAGGGAGCCCGAGCCCAGGCUGCCACAGCCGCAGCCGCAGCCGCAGCAGCAGCACAAGCAGCACAAGCAGCCGGAGCCAGGGGGAGAGGCGCAGGCGAGGCUCCCCGGGAUGGAGGGUUAAGUCCCGGAGCCAGGAUAGAGUGGAGCUCGCUGGGGGCCCCGGCAGGCAGGCAGGCAGGCAGGCAGAGCGAGCCCCGCACCCUGUCCCAUCCUGUCCCAUCCCAUCCCCAGGCCCCGCACCCCGCCUGACCUCCCCCCGCCCCCUGCCCCGGGGGAUUCGCCCGCGUUCGCUCUCUGUCCCUGGCGCUGCGAGGGAGCCCGUGAAUGUCAUUGAGGGCGGAGGGGAGAGUCAGCCGGUGAGCAGCCGCGGCAGCAGCACUGCCCGAGGAGGGGCAGAAGGAGGAGGACCAGGACCAGGACCCGAGGGGGUGCCGAGCCGCCCGCCUGGCCCUGCGCGACAAAGGAGCCCCCCCACCCCCACCCCCAGCAGCGCGCCACCCCCUUCGCCAAUGUCCUCGGCCAUCGAGAGGAAGAGCCUGGACCCGUCCGAGGAGCCAGUGGACGAAGUGCUACAGAUCCCGCCAUCCCUGCUGACAUGUGGUGGCUGCCAGCAAAACAUAGGGGACCGAUACUUCUUAAAGGCCAUCGAUCAGUACUGGCAUGAGGACUGCCUCAGCUGUGACCUUUGCGGGUGCCGCCUGGGGGAAGUGGGGCGUCGCUUGUACUACAAGCUGGGCCGGAAACUCUGCAGGAGAGACUAUCUCAGGCUUUUUGGCCAAGACGGCCUCUGCGCUUCCUGUGACAAGCGGAUCCGGGCCUAUGAGAUGACCAUGCGUGUGAAGGAGAAAGUGUACCACCUGGAGUGUUUCAAAUGUGCGGCCUGUCAGAAGCACUUUUGCGUCGGCGACAGGUAUCUCCUCAUCAACUCUGACAUAGUGUGCGAACAGGACAUCUAUGAAUGGACUAAAAUCAAUGGCAUGAUCUAGGCAAGAGGCCAGAGUCUCUGGGCGGUGCUUUGCUGAUGGCACAAACUAAUAGUCUCGAUAGGAAGGGGACGGGGAGGGGGGCUGCUGAGCUAUGCACUCUGGGUAAUAGGGGUGGGGUGGGGUAAUUUCUUUAGGGAUGAAACCAUAGGCCCUUAUCAGGCAGCCCAGCAUAGCAUCAGAGUGAGCUGCACGGGAGCAAGGAAAGCAGAUUUAAACAUGCUGACUCUUAGAGAGAAUUUCUAGCAGAAGGCUACCGGUAAUAACUGACAUUAUUAGCUGAGGUGUGGGGAGGUUGGGUGGUGGGCAAAUAAUGGGAUCUCAUACCUGCAGAUAGUGAGUUAUCCGUAUAAAAAGUUGUCCUGACUUUGACACUUGCAAAUGAGAAACGUGCAAUUGGUUGAUUAUGUUUCUUCCCUGGGGCUUUUCCAGUAACCCUGUUUAGAUCCCUGUUCAUCACACUAGGGGAGGACGAAGGAAGAAAGAGUGGCCGUCCCUUUUCUUGGCCAUUUUCCCAAGGCCUUAAGCUUUGGACAUAUGGGAAACACGUUUGCAUGGGGACAUGUUUCAGUUGGGAAUGUUCAUUGCAACUUUUAACCACAACCCUUCCCUAAAGAUAGAUAAAAUGCUGGUGAACCACUGUUUUUAGACACCUCUGUUCAAGGUGACGGAUUUCACAGAUUGUUUCUAUACAAAUGUAAAUCUAAGCAGAGUUGUUCAACUAUUUUAUUAUCUUAGAUUAUAUCAAUAAAGUAUUUGUUGUGUGUAGUAAAACCCUGCAGAUUUAAUAAAAAUGACAGACUGA